UUCUCAAGGCUGUACUGUUUAGCUCAACUCGACAAGAAAUCGAAACGGUUCAACUUGCAAAGCAAGCUUAACCAGGCGUUCUCUCUUGCCUUCACUAUUUCCUGUAUUAGGAAGCCAUCUUGUUUGGACAAGCUUAUGCGACAUUUCUUUUUUCCUUUUAAUCUUUGUUGUACUUUCCCCCCCCUUUUUUCCUCUAUUGUGAGUCUCCUGCUGAAGUUUGGACUUUCUCCUUCUUGAAGCAGCUUCAGAAGAGCAGGACAGGAAGAGGUAGGGGGAGCCUUAGGGUGAGAAGGAGGAGGCAGGAGUUCUGUUCAGAAGUUAAGUUUAUUUAUCUAUUUUCCUUGUCACCCUACUUUAUGAAAUGAAGAUCAUUUUAUGAAGACAGCCGAAGAAGCAACACGUCAUACUUUAGACUUUAUAUAUCUAUUUUUUCCUGUCGUAUUUGGAGAGAUCCACAAACAGGAUUGCAGCAGUUGGAGUGAGUGAACUGUGUGCUGGCCUGUUUGUGUACUGCUUGCUCCCUCACGCCCCUUGGUCUUGCUCCACUAUUUGACUGGCUUUAACAUUUCAGGAUGGCCAAUAGCAGCCCUGUAAUGCCCUCAGCACCCCUAUCUCCGGUAUUCUUCCCUCCAGGUGGUUCUUCUCCCCCUGGGUCUGUGAACACACAGCAUGCCACAGUUUCAUUGCCUGCUGUCUCUACAUUGGGCUUGCCCGCUGUGGACACAGGGCUUUCCCAGGGGCCCAGUGGCACCAAUAUGUCUGUCAUGCCUUCCCAACCAGCUGGAGUGUCUUUCAUUAUCCAGAUAGGACUGACACGAGAAUCAGUGCUUCUGCCACAAACAGCAGAUCUUACAUACGUCAAACAGAUUGCCUGCUCCAUUGUGGACCAAAAGUUCCCCGAGUGUGGUUUCUAUGGAAUCUAUGACAAAAUCCUUCUUUUCAAGCAUGACACAGGCACUAAUAACAUCCUUCAGUUGGUCAAGGCUGCGACUGAUAUCCAGGAGGGUGAUCUUGUGGAGGUGGUGCUGUCUGCGGCUACUACCUUUGAGGAUUUCCAGAUUCGUCCCCAUGCUCUGAAUGUGCACUCAUACCGCGCCCCUGCCUUCUGUGACCACUGUGGAGAGAUGCUUUUUGGCCUCGUGAGGCAAGGGCUCAAAUGCGAUGGUUGUGGGCUGAAUUACCAUAAACGCUGUGCUUUUAGCAUUCCCAAUAACUGCAGUGGGGCGAAGAAGAGACGACUGUCAACUACAUCUCUCUCCAGCAGCCAGUCUCUCCGUCUAUCCACCACUGAAUCCCUCAGUAGUGCAAGCACAAGCGUAACCUCCGAGGAAACAAAUUUGAUCCGCUCACACACACAGAUGCCCCGAACUCCCAGUGAGGCACGACGGUUCUAUACGUGCCGGCCUGUUCACCUGGACAAGAUGCUAAUGAGUAAAGUAAAGGUGCCACACACAUUUGCAGUGCACUCCUACACACGACCCACCGUCUGCCAGUACUGCAAACGACUGCUCCGGGGCCUUUUUCGCCAAGGACUGCAGUGCAAAGACUGCAAAUUCAACUGUCACAAGAGGUGUGCAUACAAAGUGCCCAAUGACUGUCUUGGGGAAACCAUUGGAGAUAUGUUAAGUCCAACUGCUGACACAGAAGUACCGAUGGACUACAGUAAUGAAUAUUUGGACUCAGAAAGAACUUCACUAAUGGAUGAAUCAGAUGAAGCCUGCAGCAUCCCUGGUUCCUUCUCCCCUGAGAACAAUCAGGUCGGAGCCAGUGGAGACCAGAGUGCUAAUAUUCCUCUCAUGAGAGUGGUGCAGUCAGUGAGACACACCACACACCGCUCCAGUACAGCGAUUAUGGAAGGCUGGAUGGUGCACUACAGCAACAAGGAUACCCUGAGGAAGCGACACUACUGGCGCCUGGACUGCAAAUGCAUCAUACUUUUCCAUAAUGACACCACAAAUAAAUACUACAAGGAAAUACCUCUUUGUGAAAUUCUUGAAGUAUGCCCAGCAGGGGAUUUCAAUCUGGUGCCCAGUGGUGCCAGUCCGCACUGCUUUGAGAUUGUGACUGGUACCACACGAUACUUCGUGGGUGAGGACUCAAACCCCUUCCAAUUACCAAGUGUUGCAUCUCCCACCUCACCAAAUAGUGUGCUCCCCAGUAGUGGAGUGGGACAGGAAGUUGCCAAAGCUUGGGAAAGCGCCAUACGUCAGGCCCUUAUGCCAGUCAUCUUCCAAGACAAUCCUCCAUCUGAAGGCAACACCCCUCACAGACAGGCAUCAGUCAGCAUUUCAGUAUCCAACAGUCAGAUUCAGGAGAACGUGGAUAUUGGCAUGAUUUAUCAGAUUUUUGCUGAUGAGGUUCUGGGUUCUGGGCAGUUUGGAGUGGUGUAUGGGGGAAAGCACAGAAAAACUGGAAGGGAUGUGGCAGUCAAAGUGAUUGACAAGCUUCGCUUUCCAACUAAACAGGAGAGCCAACUGAGGAAUGAAGUGGCCAUACUCCAGAGUCUGCGUCAUCUGGGCAUCGUGAAUCUGGAGUGCAUGUUUGAAACUCCUGAAAAAGUGUUUGUUGUGAUGGAGAAGCUUCAUGGAGACAUGCUGGAGAUGAUCCUCUCAAGUGAGAACGGACGUCUACCUGAGAGGCUCACAAAGUUCCUGAUCACACAGAUCUUGGCUGCCCUAAGGCACCUCCACUUCAAGAAUAUUGUGCAUUGUGACUUGAAACCGGAGAAUGUGCUUCUGGCUUCAGCCGAUCCUUUCCCACAGGUGAAACUGUGUGAUUUUGGUUUUGCCCGGAUCAUUGGGGAGAAGUCUUUUCGGCGCUCGGUGGUGGGAACACCUGCUUACUUAGCUCCAGAGGUGCUGCUGAACCAGGGGUACAACCGUUCUCUGGAUAUGUGGUCUGUCGGAGUCAUUAUGUACGUCAGCUUGAGUGGCACCUUUCCCUUUAAUGAGGAUGAAGAUAUCAAUGACCAGAUCCACAAUGCUGCUUUCAUGUACCCACCAAACCCCUGGAAACAAAUCUCUCCAGAAGCUAUUGAUCUCAUCAAUAACCUGCUUCAGGUGAAGUUGAGAAAACGCUUUAGUGUGGACAAGAGCCUGAGUCAUGUCUAUUUACAGGACUAUCAAACAUGGCUGGACUUGCGAGAACUGGAGUCAAAGCUUGGUGAACGUUAUAUAACCCAUGAAAGUGAUGAUGCUCGCUGGCAGAGGUUCGCUGAGGAGCACACACUGCCUUACCCAGCUCACCUGGUACCUGCAUCACCUGCCUCUGAUGACGAAGAUGAGGGCAUGGACGAUGCAUGCAUGCAGGGACUGACUGAGCGUGUUAGCAUCCUCUGAGAAGAGUGGAAGAGGCAGACAAAUGUCAGUUGGAGGAAGGCAAUUAGUCAUUUUCAAAGUUGGCUUGAAUAGAUUUCCUUUUUCAUCGGUCAACUCCCUCUACCUUUGUUUGCACUAUGGACAGCUGGAUGCUCCAACUCUGCUGAAGACACCGCAGCUGUAUUGAUCCUUUCAGACAGGUAGAGGCUCCUUUAUGCCAAACUUUUCCUUAGUUUACAAUACACAGAGAAAAGGGGAAGAUAAAAGCAGACAAAUGUGUACAGUCCAAAAGAUGUCAUUGUAACAUAUUUCUUUUAAUACUACUCAUCUUCUGAUUCAGUUCACAUUGGUGGUUAGUCUAUGUUCCUAGUAUUACAAAACAGUUUAGCGGAUGUGAUUUAAUCUGUUUUUCACUGCUGUCAAUAGACAUUGUAUAUUGGACUAUGUGUGUGUACAUAUUCCAUCCAGUAAAAACACACUUGUCAGACAA